AUGCGAAUACUUUUUUCUUCUCUCGCCCCAAAGAUACCGGGAGCAUACGCCGCCGCACUUGCUCUCAGACGUGUCGGCCAUCAUGUACUCGUUCUCGAGCAGAGAAAUGACGGUCCUUUGCUGGCUGGUAGCUCUAGAAUUCCCCCCAACAUGUCGAAGAUUCUAUUUGGGUGGGGGCUAGAAGAAGAAUGCAGGAGCAUGGCGAUAGUGUCGCGCUUCGUCGCCAUGUCCAAUUACUUGACCGGGGAGGUUUGGGGGGAACACCAAUGGGACGAAGAAAUCCUGAAAGAGACGCGCGGCGUAUUCCUUCUUAUGCACCAAACCGAUGUUCGUGAUUUGCUGAAGAAAACGGCGAUCGCUCUUGGCGCUGUCGUCCGCCGGAAUGCAACCAUUGUCGGCUUCGACCUGGAAGACGAGGACAACCUUCCUGGUGUGCUUCUAGCCGAUGGGGAGACACUGCGGGCGAACGUUAUUAUCGGUGCUGAUGGACGCCCAAGCAUGGUGAGGGAGCUUGCGUUUGCCGUUCAAGACCCGCGGAAAGCAUGCCAUCUAGUGGUGUUUGAUGUCACUGUGCCGAUAUCUGAGAUGCUGAAGGACCCGGAGCUCACUGAAUUUCUCGGAGACUCCGUAAUGCUAUGUAUUUGUGGCGACCGCCAUGCCGUGUUGUCAAAUCCCGUCGGUGGACUGCCAGAAUACUCAAUGCAUAUCAUUGUUCCUAAUGACGGAUCAUUCCACCCCAGUAGCAGAGAGUGGAUCAAAGAGGUGUCUGCAAGCCAGAUACUACAAGCUAUGGGGCCCUGUGACUCCAGGCUUGUCAAGCUCAUUAACAUGAGCCACUCUCGCAUUUGUGCGAAGAUGCUAAAACAAUUCGAAGUGGAAGACUGGGUCCAUCCCGACGCAAAUGCUGUCCUGAUUGGUGGCGCCGCGCAUCCGUUCCACGCAGGUGCGGUCUAUUCGCGGAGUAUGGCGGUGGAGGACGCUGCGUGCCUCGCCGAGCUCUUCUCGCACCUUUCGCACCUCGACCAGAUCUCCGACUUCCUCAACGCGUUCCAGGAGAUCAGGCAGCCGCGCUGCACCGAGAUUCGCCAGAUGGAAGAGGUUAUCAUGCACACGAUGACUAUGUCCGAUGAAGAGGCGGAGGCUCGCGAUGCGCACAUGAAGGAGGCGGUGGACGACGGCAAGGGCAUCAUGAGCUACCUCGGCUUCGACCAGCUCGUCGCCAUGUUCGCGUACGAGGCGGAAGACGCGGCUAACAACUGGUGGGUGACAUGGGGCGUGGUGAAGGAGCGAAUGCGAAACGACAGGAAGCGAUCGUUGUACGGGUUUGCAUUCGUUGCAACUUAG